ACAGAGCAUCAAGGUCAGGUACACAUAUUCUCAGCCGGUAUUUGGGACUUUAAUCUCCUGUCCUUGCUUGCCCUCUGCACAGGUGCAAACGUACAGAAUCAUGUCUUUGGCAGUGAAGGAGAAGAGCCAAGUACGUCUGGUCUUCCUGGGCGCAGCUGGGGUGGGUAAGACAGCCUUGAUCCAUCGCUUCCUGCUGGACACCUUUGAGCCAAAGCAUCGGCGGACUGUGGAAGAGCUGCACACCAAGGAGUAUGAGGUGAAUGGGACUACCAUCAAAGUUGAGAUCCUGGACACCAGCGGCAGUUACUCCUUCCCAGCCAUGCGUAAACUUUCCAUCCAGAACAGUGACGCCUUCGCUUUGGUCUAUGCUGUGGAUGAUGCAGAAUCCUUUGACUAUGUGAAGAGUCUACAUGAUGAGAUCCUCGAGCUGAAGGAGGAUAAGUUCCCACCCAUUGUGGUGGUGGGCAAUAAGGCAGAAGCUGGUGGGCUUAGACAGGUGUUACCUGAGGACGCCCUUUCCUUGGUGGAGCUCGACUGGAACAGCCGUUUCCUGGAAGCGUCAGCCAAAGAGAACGAGAACGUGGUGGAGGUCUUCAGAGAACUGCUCCAGCAAGUCAACCUGCCCAGCCGGCUGAGCCCUGCCCUUCGCAGAAGGCGGGAGACUCUGCCCAAGGGGCCACCGCUGAGGCCCCCCAUGAACAAAGCCAACAGCUGUACCGUCUGUUGAACUAGGCAAGGACCAUAGCUGCAAGACUUUUUGAAAACUCUUGUGGGCUGAGUACAGAGACCAGGUUGCAUCCAUCGUAUCAGUGUUGGGGUAUUCUGUCAUAUUCGG